ACGAUGGAUUAUGAACAUCAAUAAUUCAACGGUCGGCUUUUAUUUACCUUAUGUAUGACCGACUGUUUGUGAUAAAGCUUUACAAUGAACAACGUACGUGUGGAGGGCAUAGCUUCCUCGAUAGUUCGAGAAUAUCUCAGUCGAAAGGGUUUGAAAGGUACCCUCCAGUCUAUGGAUGAGGAAAUGCCCAGGUCAGAAGCAUGUAUCAGUAACCGCCAGGCUUUGAUGAAGGAGUUGCACAUUGAAAAACUAAUGAAGAAAAACAAGGAGAUGAUGGACCCCCUUCGGGCUAUGAUUGAAGUGAUCACAAAGUACUUACUGGAGAGAAAUGAUGGAAAUCUCGACCGGCCAACCAGCUCUAAGACCCGUAAUCAACGGGAUGACCAUAGUCCAGACACACAAUAUUCCCCGGGAACAGACAAACUUGACUUCAAGUUUUCUAGUGAGUCCAUGGGUGCUGCGUCCUCAAAGAGAAGACCUUCUGGCUCUGCUGUAAGGACUGUAGCUCCCACAAAGACAAAGACCGGUGACCUAGUAAUUGAAGAUAACCUGGAGAGCGAGACAGUUCUGGGCGAUGGAAAGUCAGGUGUUCUUGCCCAGGAGAGCGCAGAAUACACUCCGUCCACACAAAAGUCUCGCCCUCGUUCUUCAGCCAAACAUCGAGGUCUGACCGGGCCCGUCACCAGUAACCUUGAUGAUAGACGGAAGAUACAGCGUCCCCGUCCAAUGUCAGGAGUAUCUAGGAAGGGAAGUACCCCAUCCUCGACUUCCACAGAAAAGGAAGUCUCUUUGGUAUCGUCCAGUAACAAGGAACCUUUGUUAGUGACACCUAAAACUGAUCUGGACAAUAUAGAUACUCUGAUCUCUCGACCGGUAGAACACAGAAGUUCCAUAAAAAAUGUCCUGGAGGUUGGUGCUCCUGUGAAGGCUUCGAAGACCAGUCGUCGCCAGAACUCUGUUGAGAAGGAAGAGCCCCACUACAGUGUGGAUAAGUCCAGUAUCAGUAAACAACCACCCUCCCGUGAUACACUGCCACAGAGUAGGCCAUCAUCUUUUAAAUCUACUUCAACUAAAGUUGGUGAUGUAGAAAUUGGAGAUGUGGAUGACCUUGAUAAUGAAGUUGCCAACCUUGACCUUGGGCCCAGACUUCCUGUUGGGCGACCAAUUCAGAACCUUGUAGCUGCGCGACCAAUUACUCUACAGACAGCUGUUAACCUGAAGACUCUAAUAUUCGGCAGUGCCAAUCAGAACUUCAAUGAUGAGUGGCGCUACCAAAGCUUUACUUUCUGUGAUCUCCCGAGUCUCAAGUUUGGCUUCGUACAGAAAAAGGGAGGACCGUGUGGGGUGCUGGCAGCAGUACAAGCUUGUGUCCUUGUCGAGAUGUUGUUUGGUGACUGUAAGAUUCCCACCAACAGAUUCAGUGACCCCACUAUAGAGGAGCGCAGUGGUUGCCUGGCAUCAGCCCUAGCACAGAUAUUAUGGAGGGCCGGCGAGAGUAGGACAGCGGUUGUAGUGCUUCCAUCAGGAAAACCUCAGUUCCAAACAGGGAAGGGAAAGUUCAAACAAGACGAUUUAACAGAAACGUUGAUGAUAAACCACUUUAAAAAUCAUACAGACCUGAAGAAUUUUAUUACACAGAAUUUGAGCCAGUUUGAGCUGGACGGCACAAGUGGUGUGAUUCUGACUCUAUAUUCUUGCAUCAUGUCCCGAUUCAUGGAUUUGGUGAGAAGUGAUAUGGAUGAACCAACUGGUAAACUGUUGGGGGCCCAUGGAUACUGCACCCAGGACAUGGUGAACCUGAUACUGACAGGCAGGGCUGUAUCCAAUGUGUUCAACGACGUUGUGGAGCUGGAAACUGGUGACGGCACCCCUGGGACUAUCCUCAGAGGACCUAACUCCCGCUGUGACACUGGUCUGCUGUCUCUUUUUGAGCAUUACAGAUCCUGUCAGGUGGGGACAUAUCUGAAGACGCCACGCUUCCCUAUCUGGGUUAUUUGUAGUGAAAGUCACUUCAGUGUGAUGUUCUCUUUGAAUAAAGAGUUGGUCAGUAACUGGAAGGCAGAGCGAAGGUUUGACCUCUUCUACUUUGAUGGUCUGGCCAGACAGCAGGAACUCAUCAAGUUAACCAUUGACACAACAUUGAAAUAUGAAGUUGGAGAGGAAGAGCUAGUUCCCCCACUGGAACACUGUAUACGAACAAAGUGGAAAGGUGCUGUUGUUGACUGGAAUGGAACAGAGCCGUUGUUAUGAUAGAGUUAGGACUUGAGUACCAAAAGAUGCUUUUACUUUACUGUUUACUUAACAAGGGAAUCGCUAUCACAGUUAUACCCAGGGUACCAAAGAUCAAUGUCACAGAAAUGUUUACCACAGACUGAAGUACCAUCACAUAGAUUGAUAAUCUAAGAGCAGCUGACCAUGGUACCUCAACAUGUUCUCGUGUAACAGAUGAUGCUUAUAUAUAGGGCUGUACAAUUACAUAUGAUACAACACCGGUGACUCCUGGAGUUUUCUACUUUCACAGGAACCAAGAUAACGACACAGCCAUAAGCUCAAAGUGUUAUUUUCAAUGAUACGAAACCAUGUAUUUUACAAAGCUAUAGUCAUCAAUGAUACAAAAGGCUGUGUUUAAUCAUACAAAUCUGUUUUCACUGAUACAAAAGGCUGUGUAUUACCCACCACUUAUAGUCCAGAAUAAAGAAUAAGUUAACUACCAUUGUUACACGUUACAAUGUAUAAGACAAACAUUUUAUCAAAAUUAAAGAGAAUGGAAAAAUUGAUGCAAAAAAAUACCAAGUAUAUAGUGGCACAGAUUUUAAUUGGUAAGACAUAAAAGAGCAAUAAAAUGUUAUUUGACAAAUUGUAUCAAAUUACUAGUUUUCAAUAAUAUUAAAGUACUACAAUUGACAGAAAUAUUGAGUUACUUGUAUACGAUAAGAUUGAAUUACUAACUUACAAUAAAGGGUAUCAAUAUGUAGUGAUUUAUAAACAGCCAGGUGACGAAUACGCUUCAGAUGAGUACAGGAGAAUUAUAGCUAAAAUCCCUGUGAAUAACAACCAAAUUUAUGUGUUAUGAUACUGAUCCUAGUGCCAAUAUAUCAUUUUCAUUCUGCUGCAACUUAAUUGUUCAUGGUCCCGGAGGUAAAAUUAUACCAUGGCAAAUAUAUGGGGACAAAAUGUACUCAAUCUAGCGAUGAAAUUUAAAAUGUUACUAUGGAAAUAGGAAAGGAAAUAAGUAAACCCAAGUACAGGGUUAAAAAUUUACCUAUACAUGUAUCUUUAUUUUGAUCCAAUUUUCACUGAUAAAUGUGUUCAUGUGUGUUUGUUGUAAGAGUGUAACUUGUGAUGUACAAUUUGGGCAUCUGAUACAGACCGCAAUUUAGGAAAUAUUAUCACUUCCAUCUUUUACAAUAAAUAUAUAUAUUUUAUUUCAAAUUUAUUUAUUGCUUUUAGGAGCUAAAUGUUGCCAAUGUCUACCUUAUAUACAUGAUAUUUUUGACUCCCUGUUGAAGGUCGUUUGAUGUACAUGGGUGCCAAUUAAAUAUUUUAUCAAAGCCAGAGUGCCGUCAUAUCUCACUCAGAGCAAAAUACCAUUCUCAAAGGGAGAUCUGAAGUUUUUGUAACUAGCUCAUUGUGUUAUGUGUGAAAAUAUUUCUAUUGUGUAUGUGAUGAUAUGAUACCUAAAUUAUUUGUAUGUUGUUUUAUUUCACCAUGUGAUAGUUCAAAAGUCUGAUGUCAUCAAAUGUUGUGAUGUGUGUGAUGUCAUCAAAUAUUGUGAUGAUUUUAAAUGUGUGAUGUCAUCGAAUGUGUGAUGUGUGAUAUCAUUAACCUGUGAUGUUCUUGUGUGCGGGAAAUGUGAAUGAAAUGAAAUAUAUAUGGAUGUGACUUGUUGACACAUUGUGAUGAAUUAUGUCAUGUACACUGUACACAUGUUUGUUUUUACAAUGAUGUGAUGUGGUUAAGAAGGUCAAUAGAUUCAAAAUCUUAAAGCUUGUGAUUAGUAUAGGAAUACCAAUUGUAACUCUAAAUUUUGUUGUAAUUUAUAUGAUGAAGAAAUUGAAAACAAUAAUCAGAAUUUGUCCCGGUUCCAAAGUUGGGCAAAUAUUUUUUAACGAACUGUUAUAAAGUCUAUCUGGUCCAGAUAUUUUUAAUGCAAUAAGUUGCACUUGUGUAAGUGUAUGUAUAUUGUAUAAUGGUGUAUUCACCAUUUUGUUGUACUUAUAGAACUCUUGAGUCCCCUAUAUGUUCGGGACAGACAUUAUUAUGUACAGAUGUUAUAGUCUUCCUAGUUCCUUUACUAAUCUCAGGAGGGAAAUAUUCUCACUAUAAUGAAAAUGAGGUGCAUUAAAACUGAUGCUGCAUAUGGACUCUUCUUGUGCCAAUAAAUUCUAUAGAAUGACAAAUGUCACUGAUAUUUAUCUUAACAAAUGACUUUCACAGUUAAGAGUUUGAUCAAACAAAUGCAACACAGUGAACUAGCCCUCGUAUCAUGAAAUAGGUUAAGUCAUGAUCUGAAUAUCAGGGUUGUAGAAGGUUUUUAUAAAAGUUAAAGAUGUUUUUUGUAAAAUUUCUAUCUGUACAUUUCAAUAUAAAUGGGCAGUCACACUGUGACACAGAACAAUUAGUCAAUGACUUGUGUAUAAGCCCGAGGGCCUGGCAUUUCUAUAUUAUGAAAGGGUCUGAGUUUCCUUUUGAACACAAGACUGAAUACAUGUGCUGAUUAUUAGGGAAGUUUGGUAUGGGUUGUAUGUUCAUUUAUAAAAUGUGAAUCAACAGAGCACAUUAUGUUUAUCAUAUUGACAAACUGAUGGAGAACAUUAAUUCUCUGUAUUUUUGGCAAAUAAAAGGACUACAUUCUCUAGACAUUCUCUAUAUCAUAUUGACAAACUGAUGGAGAACAUUAAUUCUCUGUAUUUUUGACAAAUAAAAGGACUACAUUCUCUAUACAUUCUCUAUAUCAUAUUGACAAAAUGACAGACUACAGACUUCAUUCUAGAUAUAUUUUAUUGAACAUGUUCAUAUACUGUAUUUAAUUCUCUUUGUUAACAGAAUGAUGGAAUACAUGUAUUUUCUUUAUUACAAUGACAACUUUUUAAAGGACAUUAAUCGUCUUUAUAUUGACAAAUUGAUAGAACAAAUUAACUUACUAAAUAAUAUACAUAAUAUUAUAUUGACAAAUUGACAAAUUACAUUAAUUGUAUAUAUCAUAUUGACAAGGUUAUGGAGUAUAUUCUCUAUAUUUAAUAGACAAAAUGCUGACUUUUGAAGUUAUGAUGUUUGCAUAUUAGUUUAUGUCACUAUUUUCAUAGAAAAAUGUUUGAAAAAUAUCAAUUAGGACUUAGCAUGGAAACUUAACCAUCUUACAGCAUGGAACCUAAACCAUCUUACAGAUCACCACAUUGUGUAUUAAACCAUUUUACAGCUAGAUCACCACAUUGUGUAUUAAACCAUUUUACAGCUAGAUCACCACAUUGUGUAAACUAAGUAUGAAUAAACAACGUAA